UCCACCAAAAUAUUGAGGCCCUCUCCUGCCUGUCCACCUGCUCUGGUGCGCCUCUCAACCCUCGCGCCCCACCUGGACUCAAUCCCCCAGUCCAGCCUCUCCUUCCGUGGGCCUCCAGGAAGAACCCCGACAGGGGCCGGCACAUUUGAGUGGGACCCUGGACGUUUGGGGAGGUUUGGACACAUUCCCGAAUGCCUCCCUGCUGUGGGUUAGGUGGGCCUGUCUCGGGUUCGCACCUAGGAGAACGUUGUGGCUAGGUCGUGAGUGAGCUGCAAGUGAGCCUGCACGGUCUGAGCCGCCACACUCCGCGCCCCGCCCACGCGCCCCGCCCUUUCCAGUUUUGCCUCGCCUGCUUGGGUCUUCGCUCCUCUAACCCUUACAAUCUUAGCCCCGCCCCCGUGGUGUCGUGGGUCCUCGCUACUGGACCGCUCCUAGAAAGCCGCGAAAUGACCAGUUCCUCAUUGGCCACACGUUCUCCCGCGCCACCACGGCAGCCACAACAACCGCCACGUGCUCAUCCUUGGCGCCUGCCCAUUGGCCACCAGCCGCUACCCGCCCACUCCCUCUUUCCGCCCCUAAUUUCCCUCUUCCUCCUUCCAUUGGCUGCCGGGCUCAGGGGCUCUCUUUUCAGCCUGGGGCGCGCAGCGCCUCGGAUGCGGAUUGGCCGAAGGCGGGGCUGGGAGGCGGGUUAAAGAGCGCGUUGCUGGCUGGGCUCUGCGUGCUUGAGAAGGUUCAAUGGCGUGGCAGGGACUAGCGGCCGAGUUCCUGCAGGUGCCGGCGGUGACGCGGGCUUACACCGCAGCCUGUGUUCUCACCACCGCCGCGGUGCUGGAGCUUCUCAGCCCCUUUCAACUCUACUUCAACCCGCACCUUGUGUUCCGGAAGUUCCAGGUCUGGAGGCUCGUCACCAACUUCCUCUUCUUCGGGCCCCUGGGAUUCAGCUUCUUCUUCAACAUGCUCUUCGUGUUCCGCUACUGCCGCAUGCUGGAAGAGGGCUCCUUCCGCGGCCGCACGGCCGACUUCGUCUUCAUGUUUCUCUUCGGGGGCGUCCUUAUGACCCUGCUGGGACUCCUGGGCAGCCUGUUCUUCCUGGGCCAGGCCCUCAUGGCCAUGUUGGUGUACGUGUGGAGCCGCCGCAGCCCUCGGGUGAGGGUCAAUUUCUUCGGCCUGCUCACUUUCCAGGCACCGUUCCUGCCUUGGGCGCUCAUGGGCUUCUCGCUGCUGCUGGGCAACUCCAUCCUCGUGGACCUGCUGGGUGAGCCUCCCGGUACAUCUAGUCUGCCCCAGGCUGGCCACUCCCCUCAGGACACACUGCUUAUGCCCUGGGGCCCCUCUCCCCUCCGUGCUGGAGCUCUUCUCACAUCUGGAUCUCUAAUCUGGCUCCAUCCCCAACUUCCUGCCCUCCCAGCUGCUGUGCUCUUACAGCCCCUCAAGCCAGCCGGCCUGAAGAUUUGUAUCUAAAGGGCAGAUCUACUGAUGCGUGCCUGGUCCUGAUGGGGGUGGGGAUGGGUGGGUCAGGGUUCCUGCCCCAUGGCUCCCACUCCUCCACUAUUCUCAGGCCCUCCCCUCCCUGGGUCCUGCCUGCUUCUGGGCCCUUUAAGCUUGUCCUUUAGGGCCAACCCUGGCCCGCCCUGGGCUGGCACUCUGUGCAAGACUUUGGGGCACUCAUGCUCUGGGGCCUGCGGGGCCACCAGGCUGUGGAUGGGGGCCUGGGGCAGGCUCUGCUGGUCUAGGACUCUGGGCUGUGGAGGGUGACCCCACAGUCCAUGGCUGUCUCACAGGGAUUGCCGUGGGCCACAUCUACUACUUCCUGGAGGACGUCUUCCCCAACCAGCCUGGAGGCAAGAGGCUCCUGCUGACCCCUGGCUUCCUGUGAGUGUUGAGAGCCCUCCCUCCCUCUCCCCACCCUCAGAUGGAUCCCCCGAUGGGGACCUGUGCUGGCCUCUGCUCAACACGGGCCCCUCCCCACAGAAAGCUGCUCCUGGAUGCCCCUGCGGAAGACCCCAAUUACCUGCCCCUCCCUGAGGAACAGCCGGGACCCCAUCUGCCACCCCCACAGUAGUGACCCCCACCCAGGGCCAGGCCUAAGAGGCUUCUGGCAGCUUCCAUCCUACCUGUGACCCCUACUUGGGGCAGAAAAAAACCGUCCUAAAGGCUGGGCUCAUGCAAGGGCCCACCCGAAUAAACAGAAUGAGCUGCA